AUGAAGUUCACCAAUCUUGCCAUCACCGGUGCUGCCAUCGGUCUUGCCAGUGCCGGCCCUGUCUCGAAGCGUGCUAUCAGUGACGCCGACAUUCUCAACUAUGCUCUUACCCUUGAGCAUCUCGAGGCCACUUUCUACGCGGAGGGUCUCAAGAACUACACCCAGGAAGACUUUGUCAACGCCGGCAUGAAGGACCCUUUCUAUGCCAACCUGAAAGAAGUUGCUUCUGAUGAGAAUGAGCACGUGGACUUCUUGACUUCCGCGCUCAAGGCUGCCGGUGCCUCCCCCGUUGCCGCCUGCUCCUACAACUUCCCAUCCACCGAUGUCAGCGGCUUCCUAGCCCUUGCCAGUGUUCUCGAGGGUGUCGGAGUCAGCGCCUACCUUGGAGCCGCAGCCUCCAUCAUGAGUGACACCUACCUGACAGCCGCUGGCAGCAUUCUCACCACAGAAGCCCGCCACAGCGCAUACUUGCGCGCUGCUCUUGGUGAAGUCCCCUUCGCUCAAGCCUUUGACAACCCCCUCGAUUUUAACGAGGUGUACACCGUCGCCUCCCCCUUCAUUACCUCAUGUCCCUCCAGCAACGGCGCGCUGCCAGUUAAGGCCUUCCCCUCGCUCAUGAUGAGCUCGAUGGACGCUGUCAUGACAGGCUCACAAGUGCAGCUCAUGGCUGGCAGCGGCUUCAACACAAGCGCCAGCGACGUCAACGCCGCCUUCAUUACCGUCACCGGUCCGGUCUGGGCUCCUCUCAAGUCCAUGGGUGAUGGAAAUUUCACCGUCACUGUUCCCAAGGGCGUUGCCGGACAGAGCUACGUCGUCCUGACCCAGGGCAACAAGCAGGCGACCGAUGACAAUAUCCUUGCUGGUCCUGCUAUCGUCGAGAUUGGAAAGAAAACUGGUAUGGGUACCCCGAGUGGUAUGGCCGCUAUGGGCAUGGGUGGCAAGAAGAACAUGACUAUGCCUACUCCUUCUAAGUCGGGAUCCUGGAGUAGCUCUUCUGCUACCGCGUCUGCUUCUGCUUCUCCUGUUUUUACUGGCGCCGCUCAGAAAAUGUCUGGUACUAUUGCUGGCGUUGUUAUUGCCGCUGGUAUUUUUGCUGCUGUAGCUCUGAUUUGA